AUGGCGCCUUCUCUAUGUGCUAUCUGCAAGACUGCUAGGGCUCUGAUAAUACGUCCGAAAAACGCUCAGAAGCUCUGUAAACCAUGCUUCAUCACUAUCUUCGAGGAGGAGAUCCACCACACGAUCAUCACAACGAAACUUUUUACACGAGGGGACAGGAUAGCAAUAGGCGCAUCUGGAGGAAAGGACUCCACUGUGCUUGCAUCAGUACUCAAAACCCUCAAUGAACGCUACAAUUACGGUCUGGAUCUGGUACUACUCAGUAUCGACGAAGGAAUCAAGGGAUACCGAGAUGACUCUCUGGAGACGGUAAAAAGAAAUGCGACGCAGUACGAAAUGGAGUUGAAGAUUGUCGGGUAUGAUGAGCUUUAUGGGUGGACUAUGGACCAAGUCGUGGAGACUAUCGGGAAGAAGGGAAACUGCACAUACUGUGGUGUCUUCCGCAGACAGGCUUUAGACCGAGGCGCAAAAAUGCUGGGGAUCAAGCAUGUGGUGACUGGACAUAAUGCAGACGACGUGGCUGAGACCAUUCUGAUGAAUCUACUUCGAGGGGACCUUCCACGACUGGCACGGAGCACAAGUAUAGUCACUGGCGGCGAAUCGAGCGAAGUCAGACGGAGCAAGCCCUUGAAGUACGCAUAUGAGAAGGAAAUCGUGCUAUACGCCCAUCACAAGAAGCUUGAUUACUUCAGCACAGAAUGCAUUUACAGCCCAGAAGCUUUCAGAGGAAGUGCAAGGACCCUGAUCAAAAGUCUGGAGCGAGUUCGACCCAGUGCGAUUUUGGAUGUGGUGCGUAGUGGCGAAGACAUGGCGAGACUAGUACCGGAGGAGGUAACAGGGAUUAGUCAAUGCAAAAGCCACAAAGUCCCGUUAUCAAGAGCUGGCGGCGAGGAAGAAGGCGGUGGUGGCUGUGGGAGUGCUGGUAGGGAGACUGGAGGAGAAAUGGCUGCUAUGGAGAAGAAGCUGCAGCAAGAUGAAGAGGCCACGAAUCGGGAGGUCGAUGUUGCUUCGUUAAUGGCAAACGGUACAGAUGGUGAACCACACGAUAGAACGAAGAGGAAGGCAGCAGCCCGGAAUGAUGUCAGGAAUGAGCAGGGAAAGAAGCUUACUCGACAAGUUCUAGGUACCUGCAAAACCUGUGGAUACAUGUCCAGUCAGGAUAUCUGUAAGGCCUGCAUGCUACUCGAAGGUCUGAAUAAGAACCGGCCUAAGAUGGAAAUCGAGGUCGACCUCGAGGAUGAGGAAAGCUCGACCCUGAGGCGGAAAAUUGAGGGUAUUGCUUUAUCGGCUGGUUGA